UAAAGCAAUCGAUAGACUUUUGAAAGAGACCGAGCUUUUAUUUGAUCACUUUUUCACAACGCAUGACGCAUUUAUAAAGCGAUUAUCGCGGAUCACUUUUUAUACAAUAUUUUGGUUAUUUGGAUCAAACUUCUCCAGACCAUAUAAGGUGAUAUGGGAAAGGGAACCGGAAGUGGUCAAGGGGCCGGUGGCUACAAAGGGAAGUCAGAAAGGUUCUUUAUUCCCGCAAUGCCAAUGCCCGCCGCGAUCAUAUGCUGUAUUCUGAACUUCCUGAUCCCCGGCCUAGGCACUAUGUUGUCAGGGUUCAGCAAUUUCUGCUGUUCUCGCAACGAGGACUUGACUUGGGCAACCCGCACAACCAGCUGUUGUAUUAACUUCGGCAUCGGUCUCCUGCAAUUGAUCAGCUUCAUCUUGCUGUUCCUUGGUUGGUUCUGGAGCUGCGUCUGGGGUGGCUUCUACAUCGUUACCAGCUUGGAAUACUACCACAACAACAGACCGGAAGAGACGGACCAACCACAAGAGAGGCAUGUGACCCACCAUCCUGCCGUCAGCCAGGUCGUCGUCAUUCAGCCGGGCCCCAGUUUACCUCCAAGUUACGCUGACGUAAUGGCCGGAUCUGGGCACUAUGCGCAUGCGCAGAAGAAUUCCGUAUAUCCGGCAAGCAUUUCCCACGUGACAGCAUUUCCAGAUCAGCCACCUCCUGCUUCAGCGCCACCUGUGGAGAAAGUUUCCACGUGAUGCACGUGUUAGUUGAUGCAAUGACGACUAACCGUGUGAUCAGUCAUUUUCAGAUGAUAUUCACUUUUCGGGAAAAUAACAUGAAUUUAAAUGAUUUGCACAACAUUAUUUGCAGUUGAAUAAACGAUUAUGUCAUCGACGCUCAAGUAAUAUUACUUCUGAGCUUUAAUUCUACUUUGUAAUUAAUAAACGUUUAGAUAUAUCGUUACGUUAAUACGGUUGUACUUAAUACGUUAAGUGUUGGUUUCAAUAAUAAAACCUUAGCUUUUUU